AUGGCCGCAGAUGACCCGCGAUUUUCUUUGCCUGGGGUGGAUGGAGCAAAGCGCAGCUUAGGACCUCCCUCCACGGCUCCGACGUAUUUGUCGGAGUCGGCUUCGAGCUCCCCGGCUCGACGCCGAUUGCUGGGAAGCGGCCGCUUCAAUGCCGAGGAGUUAAAAUGCUUCCAGCGCGUUCCGUCUCCGUCAUCGACAUAUCAGCAGAAAGCGGAGGUGUACUGGCAGAACAUGGGCCCCAUGAGGAAGGUCCACGGUGAUCUGGGUUACCACACGCUUCCGGCAAUGAGGGGCGAGUUCUAUCGCUACCGCGCCGCCUCGUCGCACCAGGAAGCCAAAGAGGAGACGACGAGGCAGGAGCCCGUCGCCGAGAAGCCGACGCUGCUACCGAGGGAGGAGAUGACGGCGAGCUUGCUAGAUGAGAUCUAUCCUCGGCGACCACCGUCCAGGGAGAAGGAAGAAGAUGCGAGAGGCAAGUCUCAGAAUCAGAAGCUGCGCAAGCAGACCGCAUCCAACUUGCCAGAGCAGACGGGCCACAUCUCUGGAGAGCGUGGCACACUUGCAAACGGUUUCGCGGCCAACAAAUCCUUGUCACAGGCUUCCCGACGGCUGAUCCAUUUUCGACAAAGGAUCCUUGAGAAGUUCUCGACCAUGAAGUCUGCCUUCGAAACGUUUGCACAGGAGCAUGGCCCUCACGGCACCACAAAAGAGCUUACAAAGAAGGAGUUCUCGCGGUUUCUCUUCCGUCACUUCAACGGCCUCCCGAAGGAGGAAGGCAGGGUAGAUGCAUGGUAUGAUGUGCUGCGGCGCGCUGGAUCGAGCACGCGGUGCCUCGGUGUUCUCCAGGCGCAGCGGGCGCAGCGGGCGCAGGAGGUCUUCAUCAUGGACAUGAAGGGGAAGGUCAUCAUCAGCAGAAACUAUCGAGGUGAAGUGCCAAUGAACAUCACCGAAAGGUUCCAGCAGCACGUGAUUGAUGCUGAGGACGCGACCAUAAAGCCAGUUUUCUGCGAGGAUGGCAUCAGUUUCGCCUGGAUCCAGUAUAACAACCUGUACUUGUUAGCUGUCACCCAGAGAAACUCCAACGCCACCUUGAUUGUGGCCUUUCUCUAUAGAUUGGCAGAGGUUCUCAGAGAUUACUUCAAUGAGCUCGAGGAGGAAAGCAUAAAGGACAACUUUGUGAUCACCUAUGAGCUUCUAGAUGAGAUGAUGGACAAUGGCUACCCUCAGACAACCGAGGUCAAAAUCCUAAGGGAGUACAUCAAAACCCAGUCACACCAGCUGUCUGUGGACCAGAUGCGACCGCCCACAGCAGUGACAAACGCCGUGUCUUGGCGGUCCGAGGGCAUCAAACACAAGAAAAACGAGAUUUUUUUGGAUGUUGUGGAGCGCCUCAACCUCUUAGUUUCAGCUAACGGCUCUGUGCUCCGUUCGGAGAUCUUGGGUGCACUUAAAAUGAAGUCAUACCUUUCCGGCAUGCCAGAGCUGAAGCUGGGUCUCAACGACAAGCUUCUCUUCGAGGCCACUGGACGACCUGUGGCCAAGGGAAAGUCCGUAGAGAUGGAGGACAUCAAGUUCCAUCAGUGUGUACGGCUCGCUCGAUUCGAGAACGACCGCACGAUUUCCUUCAUUCCGCCCGACGGAGAGUUCGAGCUGAUGAGUUACAGACUGAACACCCAUGUGAAACCCCUCAUAUGGGUCGAGGCAGUGGUGGAUCCCGGCCACUCACGGUCGAGGAUCGAGUAUAUGAUAAAAGCGAAGUCGCAAUUCAAAUCGCGUAGUGUUGCCAACAACGUGGAGAUCCACAUCCCGGUCCCGUCAGACGUCGACUCGCCGUCCUUCAAGACGUCGAUCGGCACCGUCAGAUAUAUCCCCGAUCAGGACUGCAUAGUCUGGAGCAUCAAGCAGUUCCAAGGUCAGAAGGACUUCAUUAUGACAGCCAAUUUCGGACUCCCCUCUGUCGGUGCAGAGAAUCGGGAUGCCUACAUGAAGGCACCAAUGUCUGUGAAGUUCGAGAUCCCGUACUUCACCGUUUCCGGAGUGACAGUCAGGUAUCUCAAAAUUAUCGAGAAGUCUGGCUAUCAGGCGCUCCCCUGGGUGCGCUACAUCACCCAGAAUGGGGAUUACCAGCUUCGUAUGGUCUGGCACCAAGUCGCCACGUUCGUCGCCUUGGUGCACCAUCGCUCUGCAGAGAUGGCCGGCUCAAUCCUCCUGGGCUCCUCUUGUCCAGAGCACUCUGGAAAUCUGGAAUGCGAACACGUUAAAAUCUUCGAGUUCCUGGACCACGACAAGAAUGGUGUUGUGUCGCUGGAGGAGUUUCAUACGGCCGUGGAGGCCGCUGCGCCGGUGAAAUCCCUCGAGGAUUUGCGUCGGAAGUGGAUCGCUCUCGGCUACACCUCCAUGAGACAGGCUUUGUUGGGCAUGGACCUGCAUAAGGAGCCUGGCAGAUCCUUUACCCUGGCAGAGUUUGGGGCGCACCUCGCCCGAGUAGGAAUUGAAGAGGAGAUAGAGCAUCAGAACAUCUUCGGGGCAAUCCGAGACCCUCACAGCUCACACCAGACUGUAACGCUGGAAAUGCUGGCGGCAGCAAUGAGUGCCAUUUCGCCUUCCUUGCUGUUGGAGGACCUACGCGACAAGAUCCUCAAGAAGUUUGGGACGCUCUCCAACUGUUUCGCAGCGCUUGACAUGGAUCAGGGCGAGUCUUUGGACAUCGGGGAAUUCAUCCGCUAUGCCGUUCCUGCAUGGAAGUUGACGGCUCACGAGGCAGGCAAGGCUUUCCGGCUGAUCGACGUCGACGGCAGCCUCCAAAUAAGUAAAGACGAGUUCGUCACCGCACUAACGCUUUCAGAGCCAAACCUCUAUCUGGAUGAGAUUCGUCGCAAAGUUCGCCAGCGUUUCCGGAGUAUGCGAGGGCUGCUUAACGAGGGCAACGAGGACGACAUCGAAGUUGAUGAGGAUUUGAAGCCGCCUCCACCUCCACCGGCUGUGGAGAUCGCACCCUCCAGGAAAGGGUCUCUCUAUCAGAGGCAUUCCAUCGUGGUCCAGGACUCCCCCCGCAGCGACGGCAAUGGCGGGAUGACAGCAGAAGAAUCCCGGCGGGCUUCCUGGAUCGCGAAGCAUUCGGGUCUCGGUGCCGAGAAGGCGCAAGACCUUCUCAAGGACCUGGUCGGACCUGCCUCUGAAAGCGAAGAUGAUGGCCGCACGCCCGAGGAGUAUCAAGAAAUGCUCGGACAGGUGCAGCUAUCCGAGCAAGACACGAAAGCACUCUUUAACCUCAUGGACGUGAACCGGGACGGCAAGCUGACAACGACGGAGUUCGAGCACGGCGUGCGGCUCUUCGCCCCCUCCACUGCGCUGGAGGACCUCCGCCUGGCCUGCAUCUCGAACUACGGAGGCAUCCCCGAGGCCUUCGCAUCCCUCCGCCCGGAACAGCGGGAGGCCAGUUUGGAGUAUCACCAGCUCAAGAAGAUACUGGAGGAUAUUCGAAUAUGGGAUGAGGGCACCGGUGAUCUGCGAUUGAUCAUGGACAUCGUGGAGUGCACCAGAGACGGUGGGACCAGCAUCGGUGAACUUAUGGCAGCCCUCCAAGCUGGGCAGUCCGGAACACAGGUUCGGCUCCCGGCGGAGCAGCGUGAUGCUAAAGUGCGGCAGCAGGUGAAGUGGCAGAUGGCACCUUUCCGUCGAUGUGCUUCUGAUCUGCGCGCCCAUGUUCGGGAGAAGCUGAAUGCCCACGAGUUGGAGCAGAUGUGGAAUCCCAGGUCUCAGGAAUCGCAUGCAGCGGACAAGAGCAAAAGUGCAGCGUUGCGUGCAGAAACUCAGACCGCCAUCCACAAGUGGAAGAGGGAUAAGAGUCUGCCCGCCUUGCGGCGCAUCGAUCAUGAGGGUCAAGACCCUUCCUGGGCCGGGUUGUCCAUAGCUGCCGAGGAGGAGCUUUCGAGCAACACCAUUCCGUGGGGCCCCAUGCGCACGAGCUUCUCCAAGGUUUCGGGGUUUCUGAAGACUUUGGACACCAAGGAGCUCAGGCCCAUCAUCAAUUCCAUGCACCACUACUACGCCACUGCAGGAGAGACGGUGACGAGCCGUGAGGCUUUUCUGAACAAGCAGCAAAGCAGGUACGAGCAGUUCAAGAGCUGUACACACCAUUACAAGCUCCUGACGCGACAGCCUGGAGGAACCUGA